AUGGCGGCCUCAUUUGUACGAGCCGCGAGCCGGCACUCUCACACCUCCAAACGACUUUGCCUUACGCCGAGUUUCCAACUACCCUCAAGGCAGAGACAGUCGCUCCUUUUCUCCCGUACAAUUUCAUCGACUGCCUCUCGAAGAGCAGAGCCUAGUAGCACGGGGCACAAUCCCGUUCCCAACCCGGAAACUCCUGGCGGUCCCUUAGCCACGACCAUCAGUCCCACGGAUUCUACCUUUACCAAGCACGUCCAGCAAGACUCCCAAUUGAUCAAUAAAACCCCGGACAUGAAUUUGGGUGAUGAAUAUGAGACAAGGAAGAUCCGUCAUUAUACUGUUAACUUUGGUCCACAACAUCCCGCUGCGCACGGAGUGUUGCGUCUGAUUCUCGAGCUCAAUGGUGAAGAAAUUGUGCGGGCAGAUCCUCACGUUGGACUGCUGCACCGAGGCACGGAAAAGUUGAUCGAGUACAAGACAUAUCUCCAGGCUUUGCCAUAUUUCGAUCGAUUCGACUAUGUCUCAAUGAUGACCAACGAGCAAUGUUUCUCUCUUGCUGUUGAGAAGUUGCUCAAUAUCGACAUCCCGGAGCGAGCUAAAUACAUUCGAACUCUGUUUGGGGAGAUCACUAGGAUUCUAAACCACCUGAUGUCGAUUCUGUCACACGCUAUGGAUGUCGGUGCUUUGACUCCUUUCCUGUGGGGUUUUGAAGAGCGAGAGAAGCUCAUGGAAUUCUACGAGCGCGUCUCAGGUGCACGACUGCAUGCUGCAUAUGUUCGUCCUGGCGGUGUCAAAGCAGACCUUCCCCUUGGAUUGCUGGACGAUAUCUAUGCAUGGGCAACCCAGUUUGGUGAUCGCAUUGAUGAGACCGAGGAACUCCUGACAGACAACCGUAUCUGGAUCGGCAGGACAAAGGGUGUCGGGGUCGUCUCCGCCGCUGACGCCCUCAACUACUCAUUCUCUGGUGUCAUGUUGCGAGGCUCUGGUGUUCCUUGGGACAUUCGAAAGAGCCAGCCGUAUGAUGCAUAUGACAAAGUUGAAUUCGAUGUGCCAGUGGGUCAAAACGGCGACUGUUACGAUCGAUACUUGUGCCGAAUGGAAGAAUUCCGCCAGUCUUUGCGCAUCAUUCAUCAAUGCUUGAACCAGAUGCCCCCGGGGCCUGUCAAAGUGGAAGACUACAAGAUCGCGCCACCCCCGCGAGCAGCCAUGAAGGAGAACAUGGAAGCUCUUAUUCACCACUUUUUACUCUUCACCAAGGGCUACACUGUCCCUCCAGGGGAUACCUACAGCGCAAUUGAAGCUCCCAAGGGUGAGAUGGGUGUCUACCUCGUCAGCGAUGGAAGUGAACGUCCAUACCGAUGUAAAGUUCGAGCUCCCGGGUUUGCCCACCUGAGUUGUUUCGAUCAGAUCAGCCGUGGCCAUCUACUGGCGGAUGCAGUGGCAAUCAUUGGCACGAUGGAUCUGGUCUUUGGCGAGGUGGAUCGGUAG